UAGAGCACAUCCUCAUCUUUCUUAUUCAUAGCUCUCAUAACUCCAACACCAACAAAAAACUCCCUAAACAAAAAAAAAAGUAAGAAGAGUUUUUCAUUAUUCUCUAACUUUCUUGUUUUAAAAUUAAGAAUUUGACUUCUGUGACAAAUAUCUUAAGAAAGAGAUGAGGAACGAAACGGGUGGUACCAUGGUCGUUGAUCUCCAAACCGAUCCAUAUAAUAGCAAUCACCACCUUAGCGAUAAUGGUCACAACCCGCGGCCAAAAUUUGGUGAUAUACUGAAAUCUGACCACGACGGAAUAUUCCCUCCUGAAGAUCCCAUCAUUAUCAACACCAACUUAACUCACCCCCGGUUUAGCAACGUCUCGGCCUCGACCAUGGGCAGCAGCGGUCCGGCCAGCGGAGAAGGUUCUCCUUGCGUGAUGUCUCCUUGGGCCCGUAUGUCGACCCCUUGGCCCGCAGAUUUUAACGAAGACAGUGUCCUCGAGACCAACGGUCUCAUUGGCUCUAUUGUACGUGAAGAAGGGCAUAUAUACUCGCUAGCCGCUUCUGGUGACCUUCUCUACACGGGCUCAGACUCCAAGAACAUUAGGGUUUGGAAGAAUUUGAAGGACUACACCGGGUUUAAAGCAAGCAGUGGCCUCAUUAAGGCUAUUGUGAUAUCUGGAGACCGGAUCUUUACCGGCCAUCAGGACGGUAAGAUCCGGGUCUGGAAGGUUUCGAAGAAAAAGGCGGGAAAGUACAAACGUGUUGGAACAUUGCCAACGCUGAAGUCCAUGGUCAAGAGCAGCGUAAACCCUAAGCAUUACAUGGAGGCACGUCGCAAUAAAAACUCCGUGAAAACAAAGCAUAAGGACGCCGUGUCGAGUCUUAGCAUGGACGUGGAGCUUGGUUUGUUGUACUCCAGUUCUUGGGAUAGGACGAUCAAAGUGUGGAGAGUCUCGGACUCGAAAUGUUUGGAAUCGAUACAAGCGCACGAUGACGCGAUAAACUCGGUGAUGUGUGGUUUCGAUGACUUGGUGUUCACGGGAUCUGCGGAUGGCACGGUUAAAGUGUGGAAACGUGAGAUGCAAGUCAAAGGAACCAGGCACGUUUUGGUUCAAGUUUUGCUUGAGCAAGAAAACGCGGUCACGGCAUUGGCUGUAAUAUCGAAGUCUUUGAUGGUAUAUUCCGGUUCCUCGGACGGGGUGGUGAACUACUGGGAGCGUUCCACGCGUGUAUUCAUCGGUGGAGUACUCAAAGGGCACAAGUCCGCCGUGUUAUGUCUCACUGUAGCGGGGAACAUGUUAUUGAGUGGUUCAGCCGACAAGAACAUAUGUGUCUGGAGGAGGGAGCCCUCUGAUGGAUCUCAUCAGUGUCUGACUGUUUUGACGGGACACAUGGGACCAGUCAAGUGUCUAGCCGUGGAGGAGGAAGGAGCUUGCCGUGGUAAAGAAGCAAAAGUCUGUGUGGUCAAUGAAGGUGACCGGAAGUGGAUAGUAUACAGCGGAAGUUUGGACAAAUCGGUUAAAGUGUGGCGUGUGUCGGAGAAGAUGGCGACGGGGAGGGAGACAGACGAGCCAGCAGCAUCUUCUGGAUGGGAGAGCUCUUCGUCUAUGCGUGAAGGGAGUGGCGCGUGGAGUUUAGGAGAUUUUGAAUAAUAAAAUAAAAAGGAGUGGAUGGGAGCAUAGUGUGGUUGGUUUAUUCACGUAAAUGUCACGUUGUUGAUCAGUCACAAUGAUCGGAUUAUUGUUUUCAAUUCUAUGACGAUGUCACGAUGAGGUUUGUGGCAAGUCAGCUGGUGAGUGAGUCAAUGUCGGGUUGAUGGUUUUCACGUUAUGAAUUUUCCUAAUUUUUUCUAAAAGAGAAAAUGUUUCAAAAGAUGAAGUUGUAUUAUUAUUAAAAGAACAAAGACUGAAUCAAAGACGUUUGUGUUUCUUGUGUUCUUUGUCGUGGUUGCCACGUUAUAAUUUGAAAAUUUGAUGAGUCGUCAAGUCUUUGCUAGAA